CAGUUGCUUAGUUUUCUGGCUGCAGAGACUGUGAUGGAUUUGGAAGAUAAAGUGGCUCUGGUGACCGGAGGAGCUCAGGGUUUGGGAAGAAGCUUUGUCGAAAUACUCCUUAAAAAUGGUGCAAAGGUGGCUAUCAUUGACGUAAAUGAAUCACUGGGAAAGGAGUUAAAGGUCACACUUAACCAAGAAUAUGGACCAGACAGGACUGAAUUUUACACUGCUGAUGUCACAUCAGAGGAGCAAUUUAAAGGAGUUUUUCAAAAAGUUGUGGAAAAAUACGGCCAAAUAGACAUUGUGUGCAAUAAUGCAGGAAUCGUCAAUGAAAAUGACUGGGAGAAAGCUAUUGCAAUAAAUCUGGGUGGAGUGGUCAGAGGAACCUAUCUGGCUCUAGAUCAUAUGAAGAAGGAUAAAGGUGGAAAGGGAGGAGUCAUUGUCAAUGUUGCAUCUUUGGCAGGUCUAGGGCCUCUGUUUCCAACGCCCGUCUACACAGCGACUAAACAUGGUGUGGUGGGGUUCACCCGGGCCAUGGCUGGAGUUUCCACUGUGGCCAAUCACGGAGUGCGGAUCAACAUCCUCUGUCCAGGUUUUGUGAACACAAACCUUGUGACCUUAUUUAGUUCAGAGGAGCACGUCGGAAGGUUUUCACACUUGAGGAAUUUGUCGGAGAAGAUUAUGGAACAGUACGGCGUUAUGGAGACUGAUAACGUGGCCAAGGCCUUUCUUGUUCUUGUGAAAGAUGAGACCAAGAAUGGAGAAGCUCUGAUGGUUCACGUUGAUGGUGCUGCGUUUUAUUCUUUCCCUAAACAAGUCAAGGAUUUCCCAUCUACUAAAGUCGACCUAUAGUAGCCAAUCAGCUUUUUCCUUACAAUUCCCUUUUGUUUAUGUGCCAAUUUUAUGGUUUAACCUAGGGAUGCUUGAUCAUAUCGGCCAUAUCGGUAUUAUCCGAUAAAUGGACAUUUUUAAGGUUAUCAUAUCGGAUAAAAAAAACAUUCAAAUAACUUGUGUGGGUUUCACUGGAAGAAUAUCUAUAAUUAAACAUUAUUUCAGAAAAUUUUAAAAGUUAAAGAAUCUUUAACUAAUAUAAAGUAGGUUUGGUACGUGAUUUUUGAAGAAAAAAACUAUAUUUUACCUUGAUUUUGGUAGUCAAUGUUUUAAAAUAAAAGCUGUUGCUUUUAGCCUUUUGUUUCAGGCUCAGAGAAAAAGAUACUGCAUAUUGACCAAUAUAUAAUAACAAUUUAGAAAAAUUGGUUACCGUUAUCAGACGAAAUUAACAUAUCGUGCAUCUCUAGUUAAAUUAAUUGGAUUUGUACAGAUUUCAUACUGGGGCUUGAUUAUUAUACCUUGACUACCAAUUACAGUCAUAUAACUUUGUACUAAUCUCAUUAUCUUGUAAUAUUAGAGUGGUGUUUUGAUAAAUAAGUUGAAAAUUACUCGUUGAGACCUCUAGAGCAUUUUAAUACAAGGAAGAAUGCAACAGAUUUUUACUGUAAAAUAUUGCUGAUUUUACAGAACUGUGUUUGCUUACAUGUGUACAAAUGUCCAGUGCCCCAAACCAGCCUGUAAUACACAACAGCAGGAGUACAGUUAAUGGUCCAGUGUGCCAUUUUUUUGGAGGAUCUAUUGUCAGAAAUGUAAUAUAAUAUACAUGACUAUGUCUUCAGAGGUGUAUAAAACCCAAUUGAAGGGUUAUGUUUUUAUUACCUUAGAAUUAGCUAUUUUUUAUCUACAUACACCGUGGGUCCCCUUCAUGGAAUUCGUGUUGUUUUAACAGUAGCCCUAAAUGGACAAACUGCUCUACAGGGCAUGUUUUCUCCAUCGGCAAAGAAAUAAAAAAAACAUUUUAGUCCCGCCUCCGUAGUGCUUCCUGAGGGAGGGGUGGAGUGAGAUGUUGGUUGCAAUUCGCAACCUCACCACUAGAUGCCGUUAAAAUCUCCACAUUGCUUCUUUUAAAGUUUUAUUCAAGGCUAAAUUCCUACUAAGAUAUGAUGAAUUGGAGGAAUUGAAGACAAGAACUCUCUUUAUGAAUCGAGACAGAAAAAGUUUCAGGUUAAAGUCAACACAACAAGCAGUUUAACCUCUUGAGGAAAUUGGUAAAGACAGACAUCACAAGAAACCUGUUAUCAACAUCUGAUGUUCAAAAGGUUAACGGCACUAGUUUGAUCUUUGACCGACAGGAGUUUAAUGUGUGUAGACGCUAUCAUGUUUCUGCACAAGCUUUGAAUAUUUCUGUUUCUAAAUAAAGAAGAAAUACUGUCAA